CCGUAUUUUUUUCUGUGUUGACAAACAAACAACGGAAGCAACGAAAACAACUGUCAUUGACUGUCAAUAGUACGGAAAAAAGGAACAAAAAACAAAAGACUAUUAGAAGAGGGGUCCCUUAAUAUAAUUAAUAAAUAAUACGGUAUUGUUAUUAUUUAUCACAAUUAAAGUUCUCAUUUGUGUUUGGGACGAUUAUUAUAAAGUGCAGACGAUUAUAGGAAUAUCGGCAACAAACUGAGACAUGUCGGAAACAUACGAUUACUUGUUUAAGUUUUUAAUCAUUGGAAGUGCAGGCAGUGGGAAAAGUUGUCUUCUACACCAUUUUAUUGAAAACAAAUUCAAGGACGAUAGCUCACACACAAUUGGUGUUGAAUUUGGAUCCAGAAUUGUUAAUGUCGGCGGAAAAUCAGUUAAAUUGCAAAUAUGGGACACUGCUGGUCAGGAACGUUUUCGUUCAGUAACACGAUCAUAUUACCGUGGAGCUGCAGGAGCUCUGCUUGUAUAUGAUACAACAUCACGUGAUUCGUUUAAUGCCCUAACUAAUUGGUUGAAUGAUGCCCGGACCUUGGCCAGCCCAAAUAUUGUUAUUUUGCUGGUGGGCAAUAAGAAAGAUUUGGAAGAAGCCAGGGAUAUAACAUUCCUAGAAGCAAGCACAUUUGCCCAGGAGAAUGAGUUGAUAUUCCUUGAGACAAGUGCAAAAACUGGUGAAAACGUUGAAGAGGCCUUUUUAAAAUGUUCAAAAACCAUUUUGGCAAAAAUUGAAACCGGCGAAUUGGAUCCCGAACGAAUUGGCAGUGGCAUACAGUAUGGCGGUGCUGCCCUGAGAAAUCUUCAACAGACUCGCCAGCGUAGCAUCAAUAAGCCCGAUUGUGGUUGUCGUGUUUAAAUGUCAUUACGCUCUUCGGCAUUAGAUUGUUGUACACGGUAAAUUUGUGUUAGAAAAAAACGAAACGAACGAAUUAUUUGUAUAUUCAAAAUAAGUUUUAUUUUAAAACAACAACAAAAAAUACACAACAUUUUUCUGUGCAUUGUCUUUCUUAAAUCUAAGUCCAAUUCAAUUUAUGUGUUUUAUGCUAUUCAUUCCAAAAUCAAUUUUACACGAUCCUACCUGCCUUAACCACCAACAUUUCAAAAUCUCAAAACAAUGGUUGUUAAUUUUUUAUACUUUUCUCCAAUACUUUUUUUUUUAUUAAAAAUUAUUAUUUUAUAUUUAUUUUUAUACAAUAUAUUAUUUGGUUUUUUUUUUUUGUUUUCUUUUGUAAUAUCGUUUUUCCCAAAACCACCAAAAACCAAUUGGCCAGAAAAAAAUAAAAGAAAUGAACAAAUUAAUUUUAUCUUACCUAUACAUACAUAUAUAUUUUUUUUCUUAAAAUUUAAGCAUUUCUAUUUGUAUAUACAUAAGACCAAUAAAACAAAAGCAUUAUGUCUAAAGAAAAAUCGUUGUAGUCUGUAGAAAUUCCAAAAAAGGAUAUAUCUAUUUACAGCAUUAAUAAAGGAAGGUGAAUGUAUUAAUGUUGCAUUAAUAUAAAA